AUGCAGGCAGAUUACGAAAAUUUAUUAACUAGAUUAAUCACGACAGAUGAAACAAAGGACACAUAUACGCGAGAAUUAGAAGAGAAAACACCGAGGAAAGAAGUAACAGAGUUCAUAAAUAAUAACAUACCUAACAUUGAAACUCCCAAAAAAGAAGAAGUUAAGAAGAAACUACUGGAACACGAUGUACUAACGAAGUCACUAAAAUUACAAUUCCAAACUGCUAACAAUAGCGAAAAGAAUGUUUUGAGAAAAGUUUUGGAUAACAACAUUGUGAAAAAAUAUAAACUGAAAACAAGAUUAAGAACCUCCCUGGGAUUUAAUAGUAAUUUCAAAAACUACCGUCAUCAGAAGACCAGAACCACUGCAUUGCAAAAGAAAAUUGAAUGUUUUUUUAACAGAGAUGAUGUUAGCCGCACCACUGCAGGCAAAAAAGAAUACAGAACCUUCAAAAAAGUUACACGCCAAAAGAGAUAUUUGCUAGACAAACUAAUCGUACUUCAUAGAAAGUUUAUCGCAGAAGAGGUCCAAAUAAGUUUCAGUACUUUCAAAAAGUACCGCCCGUUUUACGUACUUUCUCCGAAAAUCAAGGAUUGUGAGAGUUGCGAGUGCAAAAAACAUUCUAAUAUGCAAUUUCUGGUUGAUGAACUGAAAUCCCUUAACAUACUUAAAACUGACAAUCUGAAUGAGGUAACAACAGAUUUAGUAUGUGAUUUUUACUCAAAAGAUUGCAUGUAUAAUAAUUGUAAUACGUGUUCAGAAAUUAAAUUAAAAGUUGAUAACGAAGAACUGUCGGCUAAAGUAAGCUGGUUUACUUGGAUUUUAAAAGACCACGAAUAUGAAAAGGAAGGAGAAAAGAAGAAAAUUAAAAAGAUAAUAAAAAUUAAGAAAGAGGAAGAGAUCAAAAAGAAUUUGAAAGAAAAGUUUCUAAUAGAAGAGAAGCACAAAAUUGAGAUUGAAUGUACUAAGAAAGAUGAAAGCAAGGAAAUCCUAAUUGUUAUCGCAGAAGAAGAGAGAAAAGAAGCUGAUGAAAACAAAGAAAAUUAUACAAUUGAGACUGAAUAUAAAAAACAACUUGAAAGCAUGAGAGGACAAAAUAAUAAUGGUGAAGUUUUACAAGACGCAGAUAAAUAUAAACAAAUGGAGAAAACAGAUUUAGAUAAAAUAAACAAGAGAGAGAGUGAGAAUUUAAAAGAAGAUGAAAGUGACAAGGAAUCGAAUAAAAAGGAAGAAGGAAAAAAAGCAAUUGAGAGUGAAGAAAAUACGCAGAACUUUAUUUUAAAUAUAAAUGAUAGCAUUAUAGUUCGAUAUUUCCAAAGGAAAACGUGGAAAUAUUUUAUAGGAUUUGUUGAGAAUAUAGAAUUUAAGAACGGAGAAAAUUAUUAUAAAGUAAAAUUUUUGAAAACUGUGAAGGAUUUAUCUAAUUCCGUGAAGUUUGUAGUCCAAAGAAAAUCAGAUAUUGAUAUAGUGACCAAUAUUUCUAUCGUCAAAAAGCUUGAAAUGGAUACAGAAUACUGCGCAGAAUAUUCCGUUCCUAAAUUAAAUCCUGAUUGA